AUGGCCGCUAAACUCAUUCUCUUCGUCUGCGCCGCCGCCCUCGUGGCUCAGUCCAUUUUGGGCAUCGGUUGUGGUUGCGGAUGCGGAUGCGGAGGUUGGGGCUACGGUGGUCUGGGCUACGGUGGCGGCUUCGGGGGUUUCGGCGCUGGAUGUGGUGGUUUCUCCGGUGGCGGUCUCGUUGUGUCUUCUGCCUCGGCUGCUCCUACUGACCUAGGUGUGCGUUCCGAGAACAGGUACGAGGGUGGCGUCGGUGUCUGCGGUAACGUACCUUUCGUUGGUACCGCUGAGGUCGCUGGUGAGCUCCCCACCGGUGGUACUGGUGAUAUCAACUACAGCUGCGGAGAUGGCGUGGUCGCUAUCACCCGAGAGGAUGGAUUCGGCUAUGGUGCUGGCUAUGGUCUGGGCUACGGAGGCGGCUACGGUCUUGGCUAUGGAGGCUACGGCGGAUGCGGAUGUGGCUGCGGAUACUAA